UCCGGACACGCGCACAAUAACGAGCGCGAGUGCACGGUGAGGUGUGAGAGGUGAUCAGUGGUGAUCAGUGCUGAUUAGUGCUGAUGUGCUGGUGAUUUGGCGCAGGUGAUACCGGUCCGGUACGAAGCUGUGAGUGCGGUGAUGGAGCGUGAGGACACGCACUGGUGCGGAUGAUCUGAGCGGUAACAGUGAGACCCCGUCCGUGUCUGUGCGGGUCAGAUGUACCGGAGCAGUCGGUACAACUCUAACCAGAGGAUCUGAUCUCAUCUCAUCUGCUCUUAUUACAUCCGAUGGAACUUUUUGCAUGGGUGAAUGGAUGAAUUUGCAAUGUCAGGCACCAGGUUGAAGGGAAUAACCGAUCCGUGAUCACUGGGAACUACCGGUGCGUUUGCGGUUCAAUUCAGGACGCGCUCCCAAAAAACACAGGGUGGGAUCAGAGGGACAUGAAUCCCCCAUCUGCACCACAUGAUACCAAACCCAAACCAGAUAUUUACACAGCGAUAUAUUGAAAUAACUAUCAGCACCAUGGCUGGAUCAGGAUGUGGAUUAGGAUGGUGGAGAUGGUACAUGUGGAUGGGUAUCAUGGCAUGCAGAUUCACUUUACUGUUCGCUAAAUCUUUGGACACCAUCAUCUGGAACUCCCAAAAUCCAAAGUUUCAGAGUGGUAAAGGCCUGGUGAUUUACCCCGAUAUUGGGGACAGGAUGGAUAUCAUUUGUCCUCGAGCAGAUGUAGGACAGCAGUACGAGUAUUAUAAAUUGUACCUGGUGAAGAAAGAUCAGGCGGAGUCGUGCAGCACCGUGCUAGACCCGUACGUCCUCGUCACCUGCAACAAACCUGAGAAGGACAUCAAGUUUACCAUCAAGUUCCAGGAGUUCAGUCCAAAUUACAUGGGCCUGGAGUUCAACAGGAACAAGGAUUAUUACAUCACCUCCACUUCCAACGGAUCUCUGGAAGGCCUGGAAAACCGAGAAGGAGGUGUCUGCAAAACCCGCUCCAUGAAGGUCAUCAUGAAGGUCGGCCAGAAGCCAAAUGUGGCAUCAGACACGGAGCAGAUCCAGUCAUCCAUGCCUGAACCUGAUGCCAGCUCCAAUCCCGCCAGCACCAACCAGGAAGGACCUCCGGAAGCUGGGAACACUGAAACAAUAAACCAGGAGGACAGCACCGAUAGCUCAGACAGUCUCCUGGGCUCAAAGAUCACCGUCUUCUCAGCCAUCGGUGCUGGCUGUGUGAUCUUCCUCAUCCUCAUCGUCUUCCUCAUCAUCCUGCUCAUCAAAGUUCGCAAACGAUCUCGGAAACCGACUCAGCCCCACCUGCCCACCCUGUCGCUCAGCACCUUUGCCAGCCCCAAACUGAUGGGCGGAGGGGGGUCAGAGCCCAGCGACAUCAUCAUCCCGUUACGGACAGAGAACAACUACUGCCCGCAUUACGAGAAAGUGAGUGGUGAUUAUGGGCAUCCGGUUUAUAUCGUACAGGAGAUGCCCCCUCAGAGCCCGGCUAAUAUUUACUACAAGGUGUAAUGCUGAAACAAACGAGUUCUCCAACAGGAGCUGCUGUUUUUAUUACCAGCAUCUUGGACAAGGUGGAAAAAGAUGA